UUCAUAGCUACUUGAUUUAGGCUGCUGCCCCCUGGAUGCCUUAAUUUCCUCCUAAAAUCAGAUUUCCAAUUCGUCGAUUCAAGGUGAGAACACUGGCAAUGCACUUUUACGCACGGAGGUUGGAAUCUAUCUGAUGACAUUUACGCAGGACUGCUAUUCAAGAUGCAACCGCGCAUACGAGAGCUUUUAAGGGCUUGAAGAGGGGCUUAAAAAGAGAACAACAAUGCGAGGCACUGAGUUGCUGCUCGGUUACUUUCUGGUUAAAGUUCUGGUGUGCGACGCAGAGAGCGAGCUGGAUCAACCCGAGGAUGAGUUCAUGAUAGUAACAGGGUUUAACGAGUCAGACGGGGAGAGAACAGUCACGGAAAGCCCGCACACGGAGGACAAAUGCCGUGGCUACUAUGACGUGAUGGGUCAGUGGGACCCGCCGUUCGUGUGCAGGACGGGGAGCUACCUGUACUGCUGCGGCACCUGUGGCUUCAGGUUCUGUUGCGCGUUCAAAAGCUCCCGGCUGGACCAGACCACCUGUAAGAACUACGACACCCCGCCAUGGAUGAUGACCGGCAGACCCCCACCAAAAGUGGACGUGGCACUGGAGUCUGCCAAGGAUAAAACCAACCUUAUUGUCUAUGUCAUCUGCGGGGUCGUUGCCAUCAUGGCACUUAUAGGGAUUUUCACAAAGCUUGGUUUGGAGAAGACGCACCGUCCAAACAGAGAUGAUAUGUCGAGAGCUCUUGCGCAUGUAAUCCGUCAUCCUGCUUCAGAAGAAACAGAUAAUAUGGGUCUGAGUCCACACUAUGAGAACCUACAAACAAGACUGUCAAUUGAAAAUUUCCAUAACAGUCAGAUGAACAAUGUGGCCCAGUCUCCAACUUUAGUAGGUCAGCCAUAUCCCGCAGUGGGACAGAUCACCAGCCCAUAUGAACAACAGACCCCUCUGAAGGACCUCAACAAGUACAACACCCUGAAGGCUGUUGCAGAGAAAGCCAAUGACAACUACCAAAGCAAUCGCAGGCAAGCAAUUGAGAUGGCAGCCAAGGGCAUCCUCCCCAUGGAAAGCGUGGAUAUUGAGUCAGAACCUCCAAAUCCAUACAGCCCGCCCAGACAGCAUUCUAUGAAGCACAGCGAACACAAGUACAAAAGCCACAGGAGCCACAGCUCCCAGUCACUGUCCCAUAUUUCCAACAUAGCAGUCAGCCCAGGGGGACUGAGAUCCUGGCAAAGCAAAGACAUGCUGGGACUCCGACAGAGCUAUGGCCAAAAGAAACCCGGCAUCACAGAGAACGAGCUACACAGCUCCCGCUACAUGCCUCCACAACCCUACUUUAUUACCAACAGUAAGACAGAAGUGACAGUAUGAGCGUCUGCUAUCUUCAGGCUGAAAAUAAGCCAGAAUAAAAAUAAAAAACCAUGGAAACUGCUGCCAAUGAGUGGCGUUGCAAGGAAGUAGCAUGGACUGUACUAAGUGCAUCUGUUUUGGGAGUGGGCAGCAAGAAGCCAUCUAUAGCUGCUGAGACAGGACCUGGAGUUUGUCGCUGAGCCUCAUAGGGGCACUGUAAUCAAAAUGUCUUGUUUGAUGCUCAUUUAAUCCCACUAAUACCAAAAUGCUCAAAUGUCCUCUCUCAGUGUUGGGAUGUGAGAAACUAAUUACUUUCAUGAGUAUCUAUUUAAAUAUAAAACUUAGAAUUUUCUAAUGUGUUGUGGACAGAUACACCAGUCAGAUUAAACUAGGUAGUGAUUGUGUAGUGAUUAAAUAAAUUAGGU